AUGGCGUCGGAUGAGGAGCGAGUGGAAGCGGAAAAUUUCAGCGAACAUGAAAGCAUCGAUGAAACAAGAGAUUUAUUGCAGCUUUUAAUGGCCGAAGUACAAGUUUAUCCAGGCAUUUGGAAUAAAAAGUCGCCCGCAUACAAAGAAGCACAAAAGAAAAAACUGAUUUGGGAAAAGAUAGCCAUGAAGUUGCAGAUUGGUGUUGAAGAAGCAAAAAAGAAGUGGAAAAACUUGUAUGACAGUUAUAAAAAAUGCAAAGAAAGAGAGCGAGAACAGGAAAAGUCUGGUUCUGGUUAUACAAAGAAUCCCACUUGUCGGUACUAUAAUGAGUUGCACUUUUUACAAGAUAUUGUGUCCACUCGUACCACAACCAGCAAUAUCGCUGUGGCUCAACAAGAUAAAGCAUCCGAUGUAUUGGAAGUGUUACCAUCAAGUUCCACCACCAGAGCAUCAACUGCAGCUGCUCAAAUACCAACCUGUCCUGUUAAGCGUCCAAAGAAAGAAAUUGAUCCUGUUGACAAACUGUUGAUCAAUGCUCUUACAAACGAGGAUAAAGCAUCUAAUAAAGGUGAUGAUGCUGAUACUCAUUUUUGCCUAAGUUUGGUUGAAGCUAUAAAGAGCUUACCACAAAAGAAAAACCUAAUGAUAAAAAGCAAAAUAAUGUCACUAGUUUAUGAAGCUAUGGAUGACUAG